GCAGCCUGAGUAGGAGCUGUACAGGUCGAACCUCCUGUUCGUGUGCAGCCUUCCUUCGAUUCUUCUUUGGUCUACCGGGCAUGGUUCGUUGCUUGGGUGGGUGUACUGGAUAUCCCUCUGCAGUAGGCCAAGCCUGUCUACCAUCUAGACAAGGGAUUCCAUUCUUGUAUGCAUGCUCAGCAUUGUAGAUGUAAUAAGAUGGAUGUACAUAGCUGUCAAUCUCCUUCCUCAGAUGUGAAAUAGCGGAGACAGCAUGGCAACAC